AUGCCCGUCUACUGCAUCACCGGCACGAACCGCGGCAUAGGCCUCGAGUUUGUCCGGCAGCUCGCCCAGUCCCCAGACAACACCAUUAUCGCCGCCAUUCGCUCGCUCUCUUCGGACCUGACCGAGCUCAAGGCCGCCGCUUCUGCGUCGACCCACAUCCUCGAGUGCGACACCGGCAACGUCACCUCGAUCCACGCCUUUGUCAAAUCCGCAGCCCAGAUACUCGGCGAGAACCAGAAAAUCGACUUCCUCUUCAACAGCGCGGCCGUCAACCUCAAGUCUUCACAAAGCUCCCUCAACCUCGGCGUCGACGAGCUGCACACGCAACUGUCCAUCAACGUCCUUGGCCCGGCCAAAACCGUCGAGCUAUUCCUGGACGCCGGUCUGCUCUCGCAGAAUGUGCGCGUGCUCAACAUGACCUCCGGACUCGCCAGCCUGCAGCUCACGGCCGGGGGCAGCGGGCGCAAGUGCGCCGGGUAUUCGAUCUCCAAGGUGGCGCUGAACAUGCUCACGGUACACCAGAGCGACGACCUGCGGAAGCGGUUGCCGGGUGCGGUGGUUAUUGUGCUAGACCCGGGGUGGGUCAAGACGCGGAUGGGGGGGGCAGGGGCUCAGUCAGAAGUGAGCGACGCAGUUGGAGAUGUCCUCAAAGUGGUGCAUGGUCUGAAGGAUGAGGACAAUGGCGCCUUCUUCCACCACACAGGGGAGAAGAUACCUUGGUAA